CUCUCUCUUGAUCAUAGAAUGGGUUUUCCUCAGUCACAAAAGGUCCAAGAGACUGACAAAUCCUCAGGAGCUGUUAGCGGAACUGAUCCGGAAAGCAAGGACCCGGAUCAGGGAGUUAGCAGGAUGUGAUUUUAAGUGCAUUCACAUUCCAGUUGAGUUAAAAUCAGAUCAAAACACUAUGAAAAUACUGGAACAAUUGUUUCAAGAAAAUGAAGUGUUGCAGUUUGCUCUGGAUUCCUACUCAGGACAAAUUUCGGUUGCGCGGCCCGCUCACAAAUUGUUUGAACAAGAUGUUCAAUUUACUUUAAAAUUGAGAAGUGCUCUAAGUAAGAGACCUUUAAAAAGGGCUCUAACUGUCUUUACAGAUGCGUCCGGGAGGUCCCACAAGUCUGUUAUGACUUGGAAGGAUCCUCAAACCCAGCAGUGGGAGACAGACGUUGCUGAGGUGGAAGGUUCACCUCAGGUUGCUGAAUUAGGGCAUUAA